AUGUUGCAAGGUGAUGUGCCUAGGCAUGUAGGUGUCGAAGGCGAAGGAAUACCGAAGGCGACACAAAGGUUGCAUGUCGCAAGGCAAUGUGACUACUCACGAGGGUGCCGAAGGCAUAAGACUUGUAUGUUGCAAGAGAAGGUGCUCAGGCAGGGGGAUGCCGAAGCAUCUUCGACAACUGUGCAGAUUCAGAGUGAAUUUGGAGCUGGGCUUCGAGAUAGCUUUAAGGCAGGUGCCGUUCAGCAAGAAAGCAUUUGUCGAGAGGACAUUGUCGCAAGCAGCCCCGGUGUUUCUGCAUAG